UUCCGGAUUAUUCCCAUUCAGCCAUUAAUAACUCUCAGUGCUGUUACUCGGCACAGCUCCGCAGUCGCUCUUUAAACACUUCCCCCCCAAAUCAUCCUAAUCUUAAACCUUAUCAUUGAUAAGAAUAAUAUCAAUCGUCAUCCACACAGCAGCAGGUUCGCUUGUCAUUUGGGAUCAAGAUGCAGAAGAGAAGAAAGCCCGAGCCCAUCCAACUCAACCCGAUUCCCGAUGGGAACGUCAUCAACGGCACCGGAGCCACAGAAACAAACUUAGAGGCUCUGCAGAAGAAACUCGAAGAGCUGGAACUGGACGAGCAGCAACGCAAACGCCUGGAAGCUUUCCUGACACAGAAGCAGAAAGUGGGCGAGCUGAAGGAUGAUGACUUUGAGAAGAUAUGCGAGCUUGGCGCAGGCAAUGGAGGAGUUGUCUUCAAGGUUUCCCAUAGACCUUCUGGUCUGAUCAUGGCCAGAAAGCUUAUUCACCUCGAAAUCAAACCCGCCAUCAGGAAUCAGAUUAUACGGGAGCUUCAAGUACUCCAUGAAUGCAACUCUCCAUACAUUGUGGGGUUCUAUGGAGCCUUCUACAGUGAUGGCGAAAUCAGCAUCUGCAUGGAGCACAUGGAUGGCGGCUCCCUGGAUCAGUCACUCAAGAAAGCUGGAAAGAUCCCAGAGCAAAUCCUUGGCAAAAUCAGUAUUGCUGUGCUUAAAGGGCUCUCGUACCUGAGGGAGAAACACAAGAUCAUGCACAGAGAUGUCAAGCCUUCUAAUAUUCUGGUGAAUUCCCGUGGUGAGAUCAAGCUGUGUGACUUCGGAGUUAGUGGUCAGCUCAUAGACUCCAUGGCAAACUCCUUUGUGGGCACACGCUCCUACAUGUCUCCGGAGCGUUUACAGGGCACCCAUUACUCAGUCCAGUCAGACAUAUGGAGUAUGGGUCUGUCCUUGGUUGAAAUGGCCAUUGGGCGCUUUCCUAUUCCACCGCCUGACCCAAAAGAGCUGGAACACAUUUUUGGAAGUCAAGCAGGAGAUGGGAACUCCGCGGAGUCCUCACCAAAGGCUGGGCCUCCUGGGCGACCUGGCAGCUCACAUGGGUCAGACAGUAGGCCUCCAAUGGCCAUCUUUGAAUUACUCGACUAUAUCGUCAAUGAGCCUCCGCCAAAAUUGCCUGGGAUGUUAUUCAGCACAGAAUUCCAAGACUUUGUCAAUAAAUGCUUGAUAAAGAACCCUGCAGAAAGAGCAGACCUGAAACAGUUAAUGGUACAUCCUUUUAUCAGACAGUCGGAGGCAGAGCAAGUUGAUUUUGCCGGCUGGUUGUGCACCACAAUUGGACUCAACCAACCAGGGACGCCCACUCAUGGCUCAGCAAUGUAACAACCAACAACUGUAUACAGCAAAAUCUGUGCCCUUUAAUUCUCUUAACAGGGUUGGUUUAUACAAUUUGUAGGUGGUGUUAUGCCAAAAAGUGCACUCAAAUGUUAUAUUUUCAUUGUAAAACUACAUGCCAAGUGAAAUUACAAAAGUGAAAUUUGGGCUGUGUUGCAAGCCUUCCUAAAAAGCCAUCUUUUUCUAAUACCAUAUUAAGUGUGCUUAAAGCCCAGAACUGUUGUGAAAAGUUUGGUGAAUUAAACUGUGAACAUGACUCAUUUGCCUUCUCUGAAGAACCGCUUCCUUGGUUUUAUAAGGUGCUUGCUCCCAGGAUCCAAAAAGAGCUCCAGUAAUUUUUGCUGUAAGAAAGAAAUGCUUAGUGAAACAAUGUUGCAAUCCAACUUAAAUGCAAGCAAGACAUUAUGCAUUGCUCAGGACUUCCAUCUAAUCAGGUUUCAGAAACACGGACCUGAAGUGGGAAUAUCAUCAGUUUGCAAAAAUGAGGAAUAAAGAGAGAUGAAAGCAAUACUUACUUUAGAUGUACAAACGUGUAUUUCCUAGAACGCCUUGUCAUUGAGAAUCAUUAAGUUUGUCAUCUCAGGGCCUGGCAGGUUGAAAUGAAAAUUAGUUCAUCCCUGCCUUUUUUAUUCAUUUAUUUUUAAUGAAUGAAUAUUUUCUUACCAGAGUUCCAAAAGGGGCUUUCAUGUGCGUUGUUGGCAAGCUGAAAAAGAAGAGAUAUUAAUCAUUCACAUCACAUGAAAUCAAAGGUUGUGACACCCAAUAGCCUCAGAACUUCUGCCUUAUCACUGUAGUCAAAAACACGGACCGUGAAGUAAGAAAUCUCAUCACAGGAGUUACAUCUGUUAUUUGUCAUACAUGCUAGAAACUCACUUGCCACCCUUAAUGCACCAUACGUCGCACAGCUCAUCCAUCUUGGAGGAAGCACUCGGACCACCUGUAGCAGUAGCCAGGAUGACGACCAGGAGGUAUUCUUGCAAGGUUGGCAAGCUGAAAUGGAAGAGAUAUUAGCCUAAUUCAAGUUACAUCAAAUCGGAAGUUGUUGAAUCCAGUAGCCUCAGAACUUCAACUCUUAUCACAGUAGUCAAAAACACGGACCAUGAAGUGAGAAAUCUCAUCACAGGAAUUAAAUCUGAUAUCCAUUAUUCUAGCAACUCACUUGUCAUCCUUGACGCACCAGUGCCACACAGCUCAUUUAGCUUGGAGGAAACAUUUGGAAGACCUGUUCGAGUACCAAAGAUGACCACCAGGGGUUAUCCUUACAACGUUCUGCUUUUCUGCAGUGAUUCCUGGAGAUAAUCGAGAACAAGUAGCAGAAAAACUGUUCCAAAUGAUAACAUUUAAUUGUUGGUGUCAAUUCUUACCUGUGACUUAUCUUCCUUCAAAGAUCAUUCAGCUCAAAUGUCAAAACUUCAGUAAAGCCCUGAAUGCUGUAGAUAACUUACAAAUAUAAAUGAUUUAGAGGCUAAAGUAGUUUUUUUUUUUUUUUUUUUAACAUGACAAUCCGUGCAGUGGUCCC